CUCAGAGUUCCGUUUGCUGAGUGAAUGGCACGCUGGCUGUUAUCGACAUCACGGCUUGCGGGACUCAGGCUCCCGUGACCGCUGGGGGGUGUCUGUGUCAUUGUACACGGAUAGAGUAUAAUCCUGCACCGCCAAGGAAUUCAUCCGCCGGCGGUUAGCGAGUUUCAAGCUCCGGAAAGAAAGGAUGUUGUAAUAUUUGAAAGGGGACAGAUACUGGAUUUGCAUUUGGAAAUGGAAUGGUUCAUUGGCAUCUGAGUUUGCCUUAAAAAUCAUAAAAUUGGAUGCUUUGCAAACAAGAAGGAUGAUGAAUCUCCCUAAUCAAGUGCAAAUGGUAACAAAAUUCAAUUGUGAAAAGUGCAGGUUCUCUACAAAAGACCCACACAAAUAUAAAAACCAUGUCUCUCUUCACAAUGAUAUUAAGUUUUCCUGCUCACAUUGUGAUUACGUAUCAUAUACCAAAGGCGACUUCCAGAGACAUUUAGUGACACACACAGGAAAGUUUCCAUAUACCUGUGAAUACUGCGGUUAUGGGGCUGUUAGAAAUGACUAUAUUGUAAAACACAUCAAAAGAAUCCAUGGUGAUGGCAAAAUACAGUGUUCUGUAAGCAGUGCAAUUAACGGUGCAAAGUCUGUCAAUAUAGUACAAACGCCUUUACCAAGUAAUACGUCGCAUGGUUGUUCAAACAAUACAAUAAAUACUACCGAACAAGUAGAUUUAACAAAUAACGUGGGAAAUGUUACCUCACUACUUCCCACAUUUGAUUCAAAUGUAAGUAAUGCUAGUGUAAAUGGCAGUCAAGUGGAAGUAGAAGUCAUUUCUCCAUCUGAAGGUCCGUUGUACCCAUGGAUGACAUUAACCGUAGUUGCGCCUAAAACAUUUAAAGUACCGUCCAGUUGUUUUGCUCAGAUUGCGCAAGUGAAUCCUGUUAACGGUACUUACCACUUAACUUUAAAGUGUUUUGAACAAAGGGAUUUAAGAUUGAAGAAUGAGGAUGGGCCCAACAAGGAAGCAUUACUUAAAGAACAUAAAUGGCCAGAUGAUAUGUUGACUUCAGAAGAGCAUGCUGAUCAUUCAAGCCUGUGUUCCUUACAAGAAGGCAGUGCUCUUCAAAUUAGUGCUAGUAAACUUCCAUCAAAUGAAGAACAAAUGUCAGUAACUGAUGGUCCAGUUACAAAAAGCAAACAAAAUUUGCUUGGAGCAUUACCAAAAGAAAACAAUGACAAUAUUAGUCAUGUGGCAGAAGGCCCUUUCAUUUCCUCAGUAUUCUCCCUCAGCUCUGGAUCGAAGAACAUUUUAGAAGGCAUACAAUGGGAGAACUGCCCGAAUGACAGCAAUGAAUCAAUUCUUCCUAAGAAAAGCAUUGAAACGAUAGGUGCUGCCCACAUAUCUGUGAAUCCUCCUGGUAACCAAGCGCUUCCCAGUACAGCAACCACUACAUGCAUUUCCAAAUUGGAAAAGGGUAAUGAUGAGCUGUUUGACAAAAUAAAAAAACAGACAAGCAUUGUAUUGGAAAAUGCUGAUUUUGGACUAACUGUUAAAGAAAAAAGUCUUGAUGCUGAAUUGGUUCCCACACCAGAUGGUGGAAAAACCUGUAAAGAUCGAACGUCAGCAUUAAUGCAGGACCACAAGAAAAGAUGGGACAAACCAAACCGCUACAAUAAAAAGGACAUGCAUUUCUGCUCUCAACCUCAGACUUUGUUUUUAUCCUGCAACAAAAAUGUCGUCAUGCAGCCUCUUACAUGUGUGAUGCAAAAUGGUUUUAAAAAUGGCCUUAAAUUGCCGGAGUUAAAAACCAAUCCAACUGAUACAUUUUCAGAACAGGAAAAUAUUACAGAUAACAGCAGUGAUAACAUCGUAACAAAAGGAAAUGUGCACAGAGCUACAAACGCUUGUCUACCAGGAAAUCAAUCUUCAAAAGUGACCAGAAAACAAAGUUUUCACAAAGCAAAUUGCUUGAAGCCAAAAGAUAAAGCACUUUCCAGAAGACAAGGGACAUUUGCCUCAAAGAGGACAUUACCUCAAAGUUCAAGACCUCUUAGACUCCUGCCUUUUAAAGCUUGCCAGUUAACACAGACACCUUCAUACAAUCAGCCGGUAGUGGUAUUAAACCAUCCAGAUAUGGAUUCACUGGAAACGCGUCAUAUUAUGAAAAUUCUCAACAAGUUUAAAAGCAACAUCAUAAAAGUAACUUUAUCUGAAAAGAUGUGCAAUACAUAUGCUUGAUAUGUUUGGAGGAAGUGAUCCUGAUGAUUCUAUAAUCUACUCAAAGCAGUUGUAAGACAUUUGGGUUGAAUGUCUCUACCGAUUGGAC